ACACACUCCUCUCCCUCUUUCAUUUUUCCCUACAUAUAGUCUUUCUUUUAUUUAUUUCUCAACAAUUCCCCCUAUAUUCUUUCCUUUUAUUGCCUUCUGAUUUCAUUAAUCCAACGAUAGGAUACCCACUUAACCUACCCCCAGUGAUCUCAACCGUUACAUUAGCUUUGUGUUUUAGCAAGCUUUAUACACGCGCACACACACCCCUGUCCUCUUGCCAUUUCCUUUGUUCAAUUUGUCGAUAUAUCUUAAGCAGCUUUUUUAUUUUCUCUGAACCCUCCACGGCCCACGCCACCUUCCCUCAUUGGCAUCCACGUUUUUUUCUCUUGGUGCCUCCGUUGCUACGCCGGUCCUUCCUGAUAAUGGAAAUGCUGGUACCACCGUGGCUUGAAUCACUAUUAUCGACUGCAUUCUUCACCGUUUGCCCCAGGCAUAGAGAUGCCCCACGUAGCGAAUGCAACAUGUUCUGCCUUGAUUGCAAUACCGAAGCCUUUUGCUUCUAUUGCCGAUCAACUCGACACAAAGAUCAUUCUGUUAUUCAAAUCAGAAGGUCAUCGUAUCAUGAUGUUGUUAGGGUUGCUGAGAUUCAAAACGUUUUGGACAUUACUGGAGUUCAAACUUACGUUAUAAACAGUGCUAGAGUUCUUUUCCUUAAUGAGAGACCACAGCCCAAGUGUAGCACAAGUAAAGGAGUCCCUCAUUUAUGCGAAAUUUGUGGGAGAAGUCUUUUGGAUCCCUUUCGUUUCUGUUCUCUAGGAUGUAAGCUUGUAAGAAUAAAGAACAAUGGAGAUGCCACCUUUAACUUAAGCACCAAGGACGAGGAAGUAGGGGAAAUAAGAGAAGGAAUGGGGAGAAGAUUGCCAUCAAAGGAAGAAGAAGAAUUGCGUGAAGGAAGCCAACAAGAUAUGUACACAAGCACGCUAACUCCUCCACAUUCCAAUUCAAGGAGGAGAAAAGGCAUCCCCCAUAGGGCACCUUUUGGGUCCUAAUUAUUGACCAGCCUCCUUAAUAACUUCUUCUUUUUAUGUAUAUCAAAGCUCAUGUAUUCUUCACAAGCCAGCACAUGGCGGAAGAUAAUAUCUGAUAAACUAAAUAGAUUAAUUUAAGGUGUAUCUUAUGGGGUGUGUUUUAAAGUUUUAACACAGAAAUAUAGUUGGAGUUUACAAUUAA